CCAAUCAACAUUACAUUGAUAAUCGACAGCAUGGGCGAGUAAUGGACAGACCAUUUGGGCAUAUAAGCGUUGAGAUCUCAGUUAGGCAAGGGGCACCCGCGCCGCUCUCAGACUGCCUUCUGCCAUGAUGUGUUUGUUAUGUCGAUACGUGUUGCUGUCAUAUAAAUAAUGUGACGAAGUUGUCAUAAAAUUGAACAACUAUUUAGACAGAGAGACACGCUUUCUGGAGGACACUAGCAAUACUGGAUGGACCCUUGAUGACAGUCUAAACCUGUAACUUGGACUUUACGAGACGUAAAGGAGAGACUCGCAACUUCACAUUGAUUCAGUACAUUCAUUCUGUCAGUAUUUAGAGAUGCAGACGUUCGUGAAAGGAAAGCGAGUUGGAUACUGGCUCAGUGAGAAGAAGAUUAAAAAACUCAAUUUCCAAACCUUCGUGGAUUUGUGCAGAAAACAAGGCAUAGAGAUGAUUCAGCUGGAUCUGAGCCAGCCAAUCGAGAGCCAGGGUCCGUUUGAUGUCAUCAUCCACAAGCUGACCGACCACAUUGUUGAUGCUGACCAGAAUGUCACAGAGUCUCUGCUACUUGUUCAGGGUGUUCAGGACUACAUAGACGCUCACCCUGAAACAGUGAUUUUGGACCCUCUUCCGGCCAUUCGUACCCUGCUGGACCGGUGCAAAUCGUAUAAGCUAAUCCAUAAACUUGAACACAGCAUGGAAGAUGACAGAAUCUGUUCACCUCCGUUCAUGGUUCUCAAGACAGAAUGUGGCUUUGAAACUCUGGAGCAGCUCCACAAACAUGGAAUCACAUUUCCUUUUAUCUGUAAACCCCAGGUAGCUCAUGGCACCAAUUCCCAUGAGAUGGCCAUCAUCUUCAGCGAGGAAGAUCUGAAAGACAUCAAGCCUCCAUGUGUCCUCCAGAGCUUCAUUAACCAUAAUGCAGUUCUCUAUAAGGUGUUUGUGGUUGGCGAGGCCUACAGUGUGGUGCAAAGGCCCUCCAUUAGGAAUUUCCCAUCUGGACCUACAGACAGGAGAGCAAUAUCCUUCAACAGUCAUCAUGUGUCCAAACCAGAGUCCUCUUCUCAUCUGACCUGUAGGGACAACAUGGUGGGCCAGUCCUGGAAGCCAAGCAAUGAGGUCAUUCAGAAAAUUUCCAGAAAGUUACACCAGGCCCUUGGCAUCUCUCUGUUUGGGAUUGACAUCAUCAUCAACAAUCAGACUGGGCAGCACGCCGUCAUCGACAUCAACGCUUUUCCGGGUUACGAAGGAGUCCCGGAGUUUUUCGACGACCUUUUGAGCCACAUCAGCAGCGUCCUGCAAGGUCAGGUUUGUAAUGGAGUGGCGUGUGGGCACCUGAGAGUCAACGGGACGGCGCAGAGCCAGACCGUACACUGCGGCAUGCUGGGAAAUGACAGCAGCUGGUUGAUGGACAGCGAGGGGAUCAAGAAGGGUCCGCAUCAGGGACUGAGUUGUUGCGGCGGCUGCAUGACUCCGAACUUUCACCAGCACACCAGAUCCAGUUUAACAGCAGAGACGUCCUCGCAGUGACUAUAAAGAGUUUCAUUAGUGCAUAGGUGUACAGACAAUUCAUUAGUGCCAAAAUGUUGGAACAAUUAAUAAAUGUUUUAUUGAUUUUUGUCAAUUAUUAAAUUUAAUGUUUGAAAGGGACGAGCUGAUCUUGGAAAAAAUGAAUGUGAUUUACUUUACUGUUAUGAAUGUUGCACUGAGUUUGAUUUGCAGAACAAGGAGAAAAUGAAGAUAUUGCUAAUAUAUUAAUGAGAUGCUUGAAAAGGAAAAUGAGUGUCAUGAUUUGGAUGUAAGACGUUGCACUAUUUAAAUAAGACUAAGACUUCUCUUCUGGUGUGUAUGAUGAAUUGUGGCUUACUAAGAGAAAGUCUUUUAUUGCUGUCAUAAGCAAUCUGCUCGUGAUGAAUCUGUUCCAACAAUAGCAACUUUGCUUUUUAAAAAAAAGUUAAGUAGCGUUAGAUUAAAUAAAAGGAAAGAAAGAUGAAGAAUCAUUUCACAUUUGAAGGGGUCCAGAAAAUUAUGUAAAAUCCUUGUAUACUGGAAGAUGAUAUGAGAUCAUUUAGGGGUUAUGCUUUUAUUGCCUAAAAUGACUGUCACUCAAAAGUGAAAAUGUUCAACAUGUUAUUUCAAACCUGUACGACUAGAUAUUUCAUUCACAGAAUAUUUCUGUACUGUUUACACAAUACUGUUUUUGUUCAAUAAAUUAAAAUCAAGGUUCAAAAGA